AUGACUGGGGAGACAGUCUACGCCGAUCUGAACCUCUCCCCUGGCUUUCCCAGCUCCAGGGCACCCCUUUCAGCUCAGCCCCUCAGUCCCGCAUGUCCCCGGUGGCAUCGGACAGCGCUGUGGGUCGGAUGGAUUGGGAAUAUUGUCCUGGUGAUUGCAGUGAUAGCGCUGGGGAUUUGGGUUUCCCACUUGAUGUCCGAGCAGGGACAGACCCCGGCAGCCCCUGGGAGCGACGGAGCCGGGAGCAGAGAUACAGCGACACCCCCUGGGAGCGCAGACACCUGCACGGCAGAAUGCAGCGCCCGCCUGGAGCGUUUCCGAUCCCAGCUGUGCCACCUGGCCCAACCCGGCUCAGCAGGGGGCUCCGGGUGCAAACUCUGCCCCACGGACUGGCAGCUGCAUGGGGACAAGUGCUACUGGGUCUGCAGAGGAAGUAAAACGUGGAGCGAGAGCCGCGCCGACUGCUCAGCGAGGGGCUCCCAGCUGCCGGUGAUCCAGGACCCCAAGGAGCUGGAGUUCCUAAAGAACCUGAGACAAGAUUCAAAGCUGUUCUGGAUCGGACUGUCCGUCUCCUCCCCGGAGAAGGCCUGGACCUGGCUGGACGGCUCCCGGCUGGAUCAGACCCAGUUCCCGGUGUCAGGCCCGGCUGAAGGGAACCGCUGUGGGGCGGUGGAGGGGAAACAGAUUAAUUCUGAAACCUGCAGCUCUGCAUUUCAGUGGAUUUGCCAGAGAGACGCCGUCCUGCUCUGA